AUGACCAUUUUUUUGUUCCUAGUGAGUGGAGCUGUUUUUGUCUUCAUGGUUGUCUUCUGGAAAAAACGAUUUCAGGCAAAGAAAAACGUUGGUGAAAUGACAUCAAAUUCAUCUGACUUCGCUCCAGUAAGAACAAAUGCUACCUGGUCACCCAAGACUUUUGGUUCAGGAAGAACACCCCCUCCUCCUUGGUCCCCUAGGAGCACUACUGAUAGUUUUUCAGGCAAUAACCUUUCUGGUGAUAUCUUAAAUAAUUGCCCACACUCAGCAGCCACUCAGAAGCCAAUGCUGGUAAAGUUCAGGGUUGUGAAGUACAAGCUGGUUGAUUUGGAACGCUUGACAAUUGUCAAGGAUUUCAAUCAUUCAUUGGUCCAUAUGAAAUCCACCAAAGAAAGAUGCGAUGUUGAUACAGGCAAUGAUUAA